ACGUUCUCUCAUCUAUAUCACGAUAAAAAAAAUUACAUUUUAAUAAUAGAAUAAGUCUCCAUGUAUAGAUUUUAUUCAAGCUCAUAGCUAAUAUAUAUGUAUAAUCUAUAUAAUCAAGAAACACACAUUCGAAAAAAACUCUAAUUUACAACACUUAAUCAAAUUUCCAGAAGAGCUUCAAUAUUGUCAUGGAUUCUCUAACAUCUUCACUCCUUGCAAUAUCCAUCGUGUGGAUAUGUAUUCUGAUUCUAACAUCACAUUCUAGGGCCCGGAGAGCAUCGAAGGUCCCUCCGGGCCCGUACGGACCCCCAAUUAUUGGCAACAUCCUUCAACUGGGGUCCAAACCCCACCGCUCCCUCGCCAAACUAUCCCAGAAAUACGGGCCCGUGAUGUCGCUGAAGCUGGGGAGCUUCACCACCGUAGUUUUCUCGACGCCUGAGGCCGCGAAAGUGGUGCUGCAGCAGCACGACGCCUCCUUCUCCAGCCGAGCCAUCCCGACCGCAGCCACGGCCCACCGCCACCACGAGUUCUCGAUGGGGUGGCUGCCCGUCGGGGCAAAGUGGCGGAAGCUGCGGAGGGUAUACAAAGAGCAGAUGUUCUCGGCUGCGAGGCUCGACGCGAGCGAGGGUUUGAGGAGAGAGAAGCUUCGGAAGCUGCGCGAGUACGUGGGAGAGUGCGGUGGAGCGGGCCGGGCCGUGGACGUCGGAGAGGCGGCUUUUGCGACGACGCUGAACCUGAUGUCGGCGUGGCUGUUCUCGGUGGAGUUCGCGCGGUUGGGGUCGGAGUCGUCGCACGAGAUGAAGGAUGUGGUGUGGGGCGUCAUGGAAUGCUUGGGCAGCCCUAAUUUGGCGGAUUAUUUUCCGGUGCUGAGAUGUGUUGAUCCGCAGCGGAUUUUGAAGAAGACGGAGUUUUACGUUGGAAAACUACUCGCCAUAUUUGAGGAGAUAAUAGACGAGAAAUUGAAAUCGAGUGGCGAGAGAGAUGAUUUGGUGGGAGACUUCAUUGAUUUAUACCAAAGAGACGAAGCUCAACUUAGCAGAAACGACAUAACACAUCUCCUUCUCGAUUUAUUUGUAGCUGGGACAGACACGACUGCAGGAACAGUCGAAUGGGCAAUGGCAGAACUAAUGCACAAUCCUUCAAAAAUGUCAAGGCUUAGAAAUGAAAUCAGGAAUUUCAUGCAAGAAAAUGGGGAAAUUGAAGAAUCAGACAUCACACGGCUUCCAUAUCUGAAAGCAGUGGUGAAGGAAACAUUUAGGCUUCAUCCUGCUGCACCUUUCUUGAUACCUCGCAAAGCUGAUUUUGAUGUACAAAUAAACGGUUACCUCGUGCCUAAAGAAGCACGGAUUCUUGUCAAUGUGUGGGCCAGUGGUAGAGAUCCCAAUAUCUGGGCGAAUCCAGAUGAGUUCGUGCCAGAAAGAUUCUUGAAUGAAAAUGAUAGUUUAGAUUUUAGGGGCCAAGAUUUUGAGUUGAUUCCAUUUGGCGCGGGAAGGAGAAUCUGCCCCGGAUUACCGCUUGCCAACCUAAUGGUACACCAAAUGCUGGUCACAUGUGUGGGAAAUUUUGAGUGGAAAUUUGAAACGGUGAAACAAGAAGAAAUGGAUAUGAAUGAAAAAAUUGGAAUUACUCUGCGGAAGGCCCUACCUCUCAAAGCAAUUCCUAUAGAAUUGGAUUGAACUGGAUGUUUCUCUCACUAUAUAUAUGUGUGUAAUUUUCCUUUUAUGAUCUGUUUUUUUUUUAAUCCUUUCGUGUAGAACACUUGAGGUUAUCUAUGUAUUUUAUUGUUUUAAAUUGAGCAGACAUAACUUUUUAAGGGUUAAUUGGAUAUGAAUUAUUGAACUUUCAACAAA